CCAUACAAUUCAAACAACGAUGCCUCGUUACUAUUGUGACUAUUGCGAUACCUAUUUGAACCACGAUUCUCCAUCUGUGAGAAAGCAGCAUGAUUCAGGUUACAAACACAAGGCAAAUGUGAGGUCCUACUACCUGCAAUUUAAAGAGCAACAAACACAUAGUUUAAUUGAUCGAAGGAUUAAGGAACAUCUAGGGCAAUCUGCACCUAGCAUGGCUGCGUUUACGAAAGCGAGGGUUGCAGCUGCUAAGAUUUUCCGGAUAAUUGAUCACAAGCUUGGAAUUGAUAGAAACAGUGAGUCAGGAUUGGAAUUGGAGACAGUUAGUGGACUUGUGGAGCUGAAAAAUGUCGACUUUUCUUAUCCCUAUAGGCCCGAGGUUGAAAUCCUCAAUGACUUCUCCUUGAAUGUCCCUGCCGUGAAAAACCAUAGCUUUAGUCGGUAGCAGUGGCUCUGGCGAGAGUAUUGUUGUUUCUCUUAUUGAGAGAUUCUACAACCACACCAUCACCUUCAUGCAUACCAUGUGGAACUAAACACACUUCACAAAUUUCAAAACAACACGCAUAACAAUUCUGUUCCUUUUUCUUCAAUAUAAUCUCACUGUAC